AUGGAUGCGCCGCCCAACCUUCCGCCGCCGCAGCCGAUGGAUGAGGAUGCGGAUGAUGAUGGUAUUGCCCAAGUUUCAGCCACCUCUUCCACCUCAGAAGCAGACGCCGACAAGUGCCCGAUCUGCUGGAACGCCUUUGCCCACAAGAUUAGCCUUCCCUGUGCACAUGAGUUUUGCUUUCUCUGCGCCAAAGGAGCCGUGCUUCGAUCUCUAAGGUGCCCAAUGUGCCGCGGCGACGUGCCGGCGGACUUCUUCGACAACUGCACCAUCAACAACGAGAAUGUGAACAUUGCCACCUUUGACGGCAACUACCACUGGUACUACGAGGGCCGCAACGGCUGGUGGCUCUUUGACGCCCGCGUCAGUCUGGAGAUUGAGGAGCAGUACCAGAAGCGGCUGACGAUGCUGGCGGCGGCCGCCGUUGCCUCGGCCUCGGCUGCUGCGGCUGUGGCGGCCACGACUUCGCCUAUUGCUGCCUCGAGCACGCCCUCCAGCAGCGGCCAACACACGGACUCGGGCGUCAUUGUUAUUGAUGAUAAUGAUGACGACGAAGAGGAUCACUAUGAUAGCGAGGAAAGUAGUGAUAGUGAUGAGGAAGAUGAGAGUGAUGAUGCCGACCUUGGUGGUGGUGGUGGCAGUGGUCGUCCCCGUCGCCGAGCCGGCAACAAUGACUCCCAGCCGAUGGACCAGUGCGAGGUGAUGAUCGCCGGCUUCAUGUACACCAUCGACUUCAGGCACAUGAUUCAGUACCGGCGCGAUUCGCCCUCACGAACUCGGAAGAUCAAGCGCGACCAGGCGGAGGCGAACACCAAGGGCAUCGCCGGCCUGCGCGGCAACAUUAACUUCAUCUGA